AUGUCUUCUGGCUUGCUGCUGUUAGUGAGCUGCCUAUGGCUCCCCUUGAUUGUUUAUAGUGCCUCCAGUGAUGAGGUGGAAAUGCAAAAAUGUGUGGAUCUUCUGAACACCCAACGAUUGGUCUACUGUUGUGGAAAGUCUUUCCUUGACAAAUUCCUAUUCGUGGGCAGCAAUUGUACGCCCUUCUGGGACGAUUAUGGACCUUGUCGCUACGAAUGUCUAUAUAAACACUGGGACCUCCUCGAUCAGGACAAUAGAGUCAAAAAGCCGGAGUUUUAUUUAAUGGUCACCAGUUUGUAUAGUCCCCUGAAUGGAUAUUACCAAUAUGGAAACGCUUUGAAGGCAGCCCACGAAAUCUGCGAUGCCCUCGGCUCCAGGCACUCCGACUUUCUGUUGCUCUACUCCAAUCAAAUGACUGGUCAAAGGGGAAUAGAUUCCUCCACAUGUUUACCCUACGCGAUGAUCCAUGCCAAGUGUACGAUGAUAUAUCUAACCGCCAAUUGUCCCAGUGAAAACUGGAUGGAGGAGAGGGAGUGCAAUAAUCUGAAAAGAGUGUUGGCCAGUUGCACCAACAAACUGGACGAGAAAUCGGAUGGAAUCAGGGACAAGUCGGAAUCCACGGAUAAUGGGUGCGAAGUCACAGUUGCGGAGGAACUACGCCUACUCCUGACCAGUUUCUUAAGUCUGAUAAUCUCAAAGUUCCUGUCUGAUUUCUAGGUGUACAUCAGUAUACAUCCGUUGUUUACACCUAGA